CUAAACCUUCCUGUAAGGUAGAGUGGAAGUGCCUCCCAACAGAUACUCGUUAGCAUCUUUCAUACUCAAGAUGGAAGAUCUUCCAGACAUCAGCCUUCCCACAACAUCCCUUUGAGGCUAGUAGCUGGAAAGUGCAGAGUGAGUCUGGAUAGGGAAGAAGACCUAAGGCGGCUGUUUUCCAAAGCAACUUGUUAUAGUUCAACACUAGAACCAAGGUACAGAUUUCAAGAUCAGAAAGAAGACUCAUGGCAGCACAGUCCCGUAUUGAUGACGCCAUUAUACCAGUUUUCUUGGGGGUUGAAGAUACGAUGACUCCACCUCUUCUUUCCUUGCCUAAAGUCACAUGGGGAUCCCUAGGAUUUUGAGGCUCUGUGAUUAAAUUAUAAAGAGACCUCUUCCGCGGUUCAUUCUGGAUGAAUGAAUGGUUUCCUCGAGCGCCAUCCACACUUCCCCUAGGGGAACUUGGGUGGAGAAGUUGCAGUCUGGAAAGCAUUCAUUUCCACCUGUUUACAUGGCAGAUACUGAUAGAGCGCACACCUGAACUCCAAACCAAAUAGGACCUCCUGUUGAAGAAUACACCUGGAGUGGGGUCAUUCAUGGACUCACUUCCUGUACUUGUUAACCACGCUGCCUUGUUCCCAGGACCACGUACAGCCUACUAGCCAGUAGUCUCCCUCAGAGCACAAACUAGACCAGGUUAAAAUGGGCAACUCCGAGAGUCAGUACACCCUUCAAGGAUCUAAAAACCAUAGCAAUACUAUUACUGGUGCUAAGCCAAAGCCUUGCUCCCUGAAAAUACGCAGCAUUCAUGCAAAAGAUGACAAGUCACUGCAUGGCUGGGGUCACGGAAGCAGCGGAGCAGGUUACAAGUCCAGGUCUCUGGCCCGAAGAUGCCUCUCCCACUUGAAGGGUCAUCAGCCCUAUGCAUCAAGACCUGGUGGACCCACGUGCAAAGUGUCCAAAGGCAGUGCCUACCCCAAGCACAGGACGAGUGCCUCAGGAAAUGAUUUCCAGGGCAGCAACGCUGCUUUCUCUGCCGAGAAUGGCUUCCCCUGCGCUGGGCACCAGCGGGCGGACAACCGCGCUGCCUCCAGGGACUGCAACGGGCACCUUCUCAGCUGCUAUGGGAGAAACGAGAGCACGGCCUGCGCGCCGCCAGGCGAGGACCGGAGGAGCCCCCGCGUGCUCAUCAAGACGCUGGGGAAGCUGGACGGGUGUCUCAGGGUCGAAUUCCACAGCGGCGGCACCGACAGCCCCGAGGCGCCGGGGGCCGCGGGCGGGCCGGUGCAGCUGCUGCGCUUCUCGCCCGCCCCGGGCCCCGCCGCCGCCGCCUCGCCGCCCAGCCCGCGCCUCUGCCCCGGCGCCGCGCACGCGCGCUCCAGCCAGGGCAGCUCGCUGAGCUCCGAGUCGUCCUGGUACGACGCGCCCUGGGGCCACGCGGCCGGCGAGGCGGGCGAGGCCGAGGGCCCCAUGCCGCCCAGGGGUGCGCAGAAGCCCUUCACCCAGAGCUCGUCCCUCGCCUCCCUCCGCGAGCUCUGCCGGGACGCUGGCCCGCGCGGCCUCUCGCCGUCGGGGCGCCGGCUCUCCGAGGGCCGCCUCGGGCCGCGCGCCAGCCUUGGCAGCCACGUGGCCUUCGCCUCGGCCCUCGACGCGCCGCUGCGGGCGGCGCCCGGGGACCCCGGCCGGUACGCGUCCUUCACACUGCCCUGCCGGAAGCCCCGGGCCUGGGCCGAGGACGCCGCCAGGAAGGACUCCCUGAAGGCCCGGAUACGCCGGAUCAGCGACUGGACGGGGAGCCUGUCCAGGAAGAAGCGGAAGCUGCAGGAGCCGAGGUCCAAGGAGGGCAGUGACUACUUUGACAGCCUCUCAGAUGGACUGAAUGUGGAGAUGCAGGGGCCCUCUCCAGUGCUGGCUUCACUGUGGUCAGGGGGCUCGGCUCAGAUCCUGUCCCAGAGAAGCGAAUCUACUCAUGUGAUCGGCAGCGAUCCCCUCCAACAGAACAUUUACGAGAAUUUCAUGCGAGAGUUGGAGAUGAGCAGGACCAACACGGAGAACGUAGAAACGUCCACGGAAACCGCAGAGUCCAGCAGUGAGUCACUCAGCUCUUUGGAGCAACUGGAUCUGCUCUUUGAGAAGGAACAAGGGGUGGUCCGGAAAGCCGGGUGGCUCUUUUUCAAACCACUUGUCACUCUGCAGAAGGAAAGGAAGCUGGAGCUGGUGGCUCGGAGGAAGUGGAAACAGUUCUGGGUAACACUUAAAGGCUGCACCCUGCUGUUUUAUGAGACCUAUGGGAAGAAUUCCUCAGACCAGAGGAGCUCCCCGCGGUGUGCCCUGUUUGCAGAGGACAGCAUAGUGCAGUCUGUACCCGAGCACCCAAAGAAGGAGAGCGUGUUCUGCCUCAGCAACUCCCUCGGGGAUGUCUACCUUUUCCAGGCCACCAGCCAGACAGAUCUGGAAAACUGGGUCACUGCCAUCCAUUCAGCCUGUGCAUCCCUGUUUGCAAAGAAGCAUGGGAAAGAGGACACAGUUCGGCUACUGAAGAACCAGACCAAAAACCUUGUGCAGAAGAUAGAUAUGGACAGCAAGAUGAAAAAGAUGGCCGAGUUACAGCUGUCAGUGGUGAGCGACCCAAAGAACAGAAAAGCCAUAGAAAACCAGAUCCAACAGUGGGAGCAGAACCUGGAAAAAUUUCACAUGGACCUGUUCAGGAUGCGCUGCUAUCUGGCCAGCCUGCAAGGCGGGGAGUUGCCUAACCCUAAGAGUCUCCUGGCGGCUGCCAGCCGCCCCUCCAAGCUGGCCCUUGGCAGGCUGGGCAUCUUGUCAGUCUCCUCUUUCCACGCUCUGGUAUGUUCUAGAGAUGACUCUGCUUUCCGGAAAAGAACGCUCUCACUGACCCAGCGAGGAAGAAAUAAGAAGGGCAUAUUUUCUUCAUUAAAAGGGCUGGACACACUGGGAAGAAAAGGGAAGGAGAAAAGACCUUCUAUAACUCAGGUUGAUGAACUUAUACAUAUAUACGGUUCAACAGUGGAUGGUGCUUCCCGAGACAACACAUGGGAAAUCCAGACUUACAUUCAUUUUCAGGAUAAUCAGGGAGUUACUGUAAUGAUCAAGCCAGAACACAGAGUGGAAGAUGUUUUGACUUUAGCAUGCAAGAUGAGGCAGUUGGAACCCAGCCACUAUGGCCUACAACUUCAGAGAUUAGUAGAUGAAAACAUCAAGCGCUGGAUUCCUGCACCUUAUGAAUAUGUGCAAGAACUGGUUUACGAUGAAAUAGAAGUUGUCCCGCUAAACAUUUACGACGUGCAGCUCACAAAGACUGGGCCCGUGUCUGACUUUGAUUUCAGUAAUGUCCCUGACAUCACAACUGGCCUGAGAAGGAGUCAGACUGAUGGCACGCUGGACCAGCUCUCCCCCAGGGAGAAAACGGAGCAAGUGUUCCGGGUAAGGAACUCGAGGUGUGUUAAGCAGUCCCCGCAGACACGCUGCGUGUUCCAUCGUCAGCUCCCUGAGCUGGCUCUGAAGAUGUGGCACCUUAGUUCUGCCGUCUCCCUGUGCGCCCUGACCUGGGGUCCUCCCAGCCAGGCGGGCUCCCAGCAUGGGGUGGAAAUCCAGAGAAAGAGGUUCUACACUGGAGCUGGCGUCAUGCCCCCCCACCCCCUGAGGAAGAAGCCGGAUCAGCCAGCAGGAGCCUGGAGCUGGGGUUGCUGGAAACUCUUGGCUAUUUUGGAAAUUCAAAUACCCUCCUCUUUCGUAUUUCAGGAUCUGAGCUGCCUCUUUGAAUUAUACUUGGAGCCGCUUCAAAAUGAGACCUUUCUUACCCAAGAUGAGAUGGAGUCACUUUUUGGAAGUUUGCCAGAGAUGCUUGAAUUUCAAAAGGUGUUUCUGGAGACUCUGGAAGAUGGGAUUUCAGCAUCAUCUGACUUCAACAUACUUGAAACCCCCUCACAGUUUAGAAAAUUACUCUUCUCCCUUGGCGGCUCUUUCCUUUAUUAUGCGGACCACUUUAAACUGUACAGUGGAUUUUGUGCUAAUCACAUUAAAGUACAGAAGGUUCUAGAGCGAGCUAAAACUGAUAAAGCCUUCAAGGCUUUUCUGGACGCCCGGAACCCCACCAAGCAGCAUUCCUCCACCCUGGAGUCUUACCUCAUCAAGCCGGUGCAGCGCGUGCUCAAGUACCCGCUGCUGCUGAAGGAGCUCGUGUCGCUGACGGACCAUGAGAGUGAGGAGCACUACCACCUGACCGAAGCAUUAAAGGCCAUGGAAAAAGUGGCAAGCCACAUCAACGAGAUGCAGAAGAUCUACGAGGAUUACGGGACCGUGUUUGACCAGCUGGUAGCAGAGCAGAGCGGAACGGAGAAGGAGGUAACAGAACUUUCAAUGGGGGAACUUCUGAUGCACUCUACAGUGUCCUGGUUGAAUCCAUUCCUGUCUCUAGGGAAAACCAGAAAGGACCUUGAGCUCACAGUAUUUGUUUUCAAGAGAGCUGUCAUAUUGGUCUAUAAAGAAAACUGCAAACUGAAAAAGAAAUUGCCCUCGAAUUCCCGGCCCGCACACAGCUCUGCUGACCUGGACCCGUUUAAAUUUCGCUGGUUGAUCCCCAUAUCCGCGCUUCAAGUCAGACUGGGGAAUACAGCAGGGACAGAGAGUAACUCCAUAUGGGAGCUGAUCCACACAAAGUCAGAAAUAGAAGGACGGCCGGAGACCAUCUUUCAGUUGUGCUGCAGUGACGGUGAGAGCAAAACCAGCAUCGUCAAGGUGAUCCGCUCUAUCCUGAGGGAGAACUUCAGGCGCCACAUAAAGUGUGAAGUGCCCCUGGAGAAAGCCUGCAAGGAUCGUCUGGUGCCCCUGAAGAACCGUGUUCCUGUUUCAGCCAAGUUAGCUUCAUCCAGGUCCCUAAAAGUCCUCAAGAACUCCUCCAGCAGUGAGUGGCCCGGCGAGCCUAGCAAGGGUAGCUCACUGGACUCCGACGAGGGCAGUCUAAGCAGCGGCACCCAGAGCAGCGGCUGCCGCGCGGCUGGGAGCAGGCGGGACUCUGGCCGGCACCCACCCACGGGCCUGGCCGACCUCGCAGACAGUCUCAUCAAAGAGAGUGACAUUCUGAGUGAUGAAGAUGAGGACGGCCGUCAGACCCUGGGACAGGGCAGCCCUACCAAAGACAUCGCCAUUCAGUUCCAGAGGCUGAGAAUCUCCGAGGACCCUGAUCCUCAUCCGGCCGAUCAGAAGCCUGGCACGGAAGGCCAGCCGGGAGGGGAGCAGCCCAAACUGGUCCGGGGGCACUUCUGUGCCAUUAAACGAAAAGCAAACAGCACCAAAAGGGACAGGGGAACUCUGCUAAAGGCACAGAUUCGUCAUCAAUCCCUUGACAGUCAAUCUGAAAAUGUCAACUUUGAUCUCAAUUCUGUUCUUGAGCGAGAAUUCAGUGUCCAGAGUUUAACGUCAGUUGUAAAUGAGGAGUGUUUUUAUGAAACAGAGAGCCAUGGGAAGUCAUAGUACGAUGUCAAUCCCAAUAUGAAUUCAAUUGCUCAUUUCUCUUUUAAACUGGUGGUAAAGUGGAAAUAGCAGAAAAACUUCAUUAUUGGGUUUUGUACAGUACACAUUUUCCUACAAAAUAGCUGUAAAGAUUUAAGUUAUUUUAAUUUAUUGUGGAUCAGAAAACUAGAUUAAACUGGUUAGAAUCUGUAAAUUACUUCACUUAUAUCCCUUUUGAGCAGUUAUCAAAAUGACUCAGAAUUCUUAAAAUCUCACUCUUAUUAUAAUUUAUGUGGAAAAAAUAAGAUGGAUUAUUAAUUGCAAUUCAUAGCUUUAAAAAAAUUUUCAUUCCUUGGGGCAUUUUCUUUAAGCUGUUAGUUUUUGCUUUGUUUAAAGCAUAUUUAAGUUAUUAUACUGUGGGUUACGGGCACACUGUGCAGAUACUUCAUUUUUGUAAGGUUGUAAUAGAUGCUGUUUGUACUAAACAUGUCAUAUCUAUGCAGUAUGUAUAUUAAAAGAAAGCUUGUACUGUA